CAACCAAUUAUUCUUACUAAUACAUAAAUUCCUAAACAUUUCAUCCAUGGUCAAAAUUGGUUUUGUAAUUGCACAAAAUAACUAGGGUUAUUUCAGUUAAUCCAUGCUGCUUUAGGGCUUUUACAUUCCAACCAUUAACCAGCCGUGGUGCUCACAUUCUUGGCGUCUGUCUGUCUCUCUUCGAAAUUCCAGGAGCUUUCUAAUUUUAAAGUCUAUUCGUUUAAAGCCAUUGUCAAGAUGCAGAAUGACGAGGGACAGAACAUGGACCUCUACAUCCCGAGGAAGUGCUCUGCCACUAACAGGCUGAUCACUUCCAAGGAUCAUGCAUCUGUCCAGCUCAACGUUGGCCAUUUAGAUGAGUCUGGCCGAUACACUGGCCAGUUCACAACUUAUGCUCUCUGUGGAUUUAUUCGUGCCCAGGGUGACGCUGAUAGUGCUCUUGAUAGGCUCUGGCAAAAGAAAAAAGCUGAAGUUGGACAACAAUGAGAGUUUUCUAUUUGCUUUUAUCAAUGGUUAAAGUGAAGUAGACUAUCUUUUUCUCUCUUUGAUAUUCUUUCCUGAUUCUCCCCUUCAACCUUCGCUUUUUCAUUUCCUGGAAUCGAGCAUAAUGUGAGUCAUUUGUUUCUAAACUUUUGUGAGAUGAACUAGGACCAUAGCCGUAAAAAUCUUAUUUUUUCUCACUGCAUAGUUAAGGUUAUUUUUGCCUCUUAAAAA